ACUAAGCGCUCUGCGGUACCAACGAUAUUCCCAGUCAUAGAGGCUGGAGUCCUGCCUACGAUAUUCCAACGAUCUCUUCAAAAACCCGAAAUGAUAUGACGCCUUGACGACCCCCAGGCGUCAAGCCGCAAGGUAUUUGCAUCCGACAUGCAUGUGAACGCCAUUCAAUUCAUUCCAACCUUUUGCUCCCUCGAUGGCCAACGCCUCAGCUAAGAAGACAGCUGCUCAGAAUGAAGUCGCAAUCAAAAAUCUUCAGAUUGGCAUGCUCAUUGCAAACAUCUCCUAUUUCCUUCUUCGCCUGAUUCUCCCUUACCGGACGUUCCCGCCAACAUGGCGCCAACUGACACUGUACAUUAUGACUGCCAUCCCUGAGUUUGUACUCUUCCGACAUCUCAUAUCUACUGGGUCACCGAAACGGGAGCCUAAUACCGGAGCCUUGAUCGCCCCUGGGGAGGAUUUAUCUCAGGGGGGCAUAACCGAAUGGUGUUUUGAUGUUAUCUACAUUACGUGGCUUUGUCAGGUUGGAAGUGCGUUGAUCGGCGAGUUUGUUUGGUGGCUCUAUCUCUCAAUCCCACUGUAUGCGGGAUUCAAAGCUUGGAGUACCUUCCUUUCACCAUUGAUUGCGUCUCGCUCGCCCCCCGGCUCAAUAGUUCAGUCCUCGAAUGAAGGAGCGGUAGAGGGAGCCACAAACUCGGCGGAUGGCCUCAGCAAGAGACAAAUAAAGCUACAGAAGAGAGCCGAGAAGCAUGCGCAAUCUCAAACCAAGAUGAAGGGAAGACGGUGAGGAAUCGGUAGAGCCGUAUUCACGCAAUGCACUUCCUUCUACUAUUAUGUUCUGUCUUUGCUUGGCAACAUGAAUCUUCGCGGUUUUGGUUCUGCGAUGGUUGAGUGAUCUUAACGAU